CAUACCGGAAGUAGCAUGCAUUUCUGGGAAAUUACGCCGAAAAUGUUCGAUCGACUAUACUUCGAUAUUUAAUGUUUACAACAAAGAAACGGGUCGCAGAACGAAAGACAAAUUAUUGUAAUUACAUUUCAGUUGACCAGUAGCAAUCAUGUAUAAUGGGAUAGGGCUGGAGACGGCCCGGGGGAGUGGCACCAAUGGCUAUGUGCAGAGGAAUCUGUCCUCCAUAAGGCGGCACAAGGAUAAGGUUGAUUAUAAAAGUGAGGAAGAACUGAAGAAGCUGGACCAAAGUAUGAAUAAGGGACCUAAUCAAGAGAUUCUGGACCAUGAAAGAAAGAGAAAAGUGGAAUUGAAAUGUAUGGAAAUGCAGGAGCUGAUGGAGGAACAAGGAUAUCCAGCUGAAGAAGUGGAAAGGAAAGUGGCAGCAUUUAGAAAGAUGUUGAUGGACAAAGAAGGAGUCAGUGAAAGAGCAGUAGAAAAAGAUGAACAGGGAAGACCAGUAGCAAUUGGCACACAUCAGAUAGCUGAAGCCAACCAAGAAAAGAAUCUGAAACUCCGUGCGGCAUUUGGUUUGAGUGACAACUAUGUGGAUGGCAGCUCCUUUGAUCCAGAGAGGAAAGCUAAGGAGGAGGCUGCUAGAGCAGAGGCCAUGGCAAAGAAACAAUACGAGCUUGUUAGAAGCUCCAGCUCAUCCAGAUCUCCUUCUCCAGAACCAAAGAAAAAGAAGAAGAAGGAAAAAAGACACAGAUCAGAGAGCCCAUCACCAAGCAGAGAGAAGAAAAAGAAGAGCAAGAAAAAGCGUGACAGGUCUGAAUCUCCAAAAAGGAAGAGAAAAUCAAAGAAAAGCAAGAAAAGGGUUGGCAGUGAAUCACCAGGCAAAAGCAAGAAGAAGAAGAGAAGGCGAUCACCUUCCUCCAGUUCUGCUACCAGCUCAGAAGAAAGCAAGUCUGACUCAGAAAGCUCCCAUGAUGAGACCCCUGUCACAAAGCACAAAGUUGCAAGUCCUGUGAAGGUGCCAUCACCAGUAAUGGCCAAGAAAUCUCCUUCACCACAUGCCAGUCAGCAACAGUCUCCCUCCCCGCAAAAAAGAACAAAGAGCCCAAGUGCUUCACCACCACCUAAAAAGACGAAUGGUCAUACUAAGUCAAGAAGUCCUUCCACAAGUCCCCCUACAGUGAAGCCCCAGGCUUCCUCAACCAGGCAGAGGACGCCAGAAGUCUCCCCGUCACCACCACCAAGGAGAAAGACCUCAAGAACACCUUCGAGAAAGUCAAAAAGCAGAAGCCGGAGUAGGAAAAGAACCCGCAAACAUCGUAGUAAAAGUCGUUCAUUGAGUUACUCUCCAGCUGGCAGGAGGAAGAGCAGAAGCUACAGUCAUAGUCCAAGCAAAACCUCUAAGGAAAGAGAUUCUAGAAGUCCUUCAAUUCGUAGACGGACAGGCUCACCCAGUCAUCUGGACAGAAGAAGAAUUACCAGUGCUCGAAAAAGACCAGUUCCCUACUACAGGCCAUCAUCACCAAGCUCAGUCAGUAGCUGGGACAGUUUUAGAUCAUUAAGUCGAUCCAGGUCAAGAUCUAGAUCAAGAAAAAGAAAGCAUCGCAGUAGAAGCAGCAGCACUGAAAAAUACAGGCGGUGAUGUUUAAAUGACAUCACCACAGAUAUUAAGCAACGGUUUCAACAGAACUGUAAAUGUACUGUAGUCAACUUACAAAGCUCAUUCUCACUGUGUACAUGUUCUGAAAAGUACCUUGCCAUUUAAAAACAAACUCCAAAGUUGUGCAAUCUCAUUUUGAAAAGUGUACAUUUUAUUUAUUGUUGUGCAUAUCAUACUGGUCAAGUACAGGUAAACAGUGGUCACUCACUUGUAUUUUUAAGGAGAAAAGUGCAAUCUGUUUUGGAGAUGUGUUUUAUGAAGUGUCUCGCACAAAUUUACAGCAUGUUCCAUGUUGAUUAGAAAUGCUUGUAUGCCAAUGUGCUGAGAACGGCUAAUCUUCACUAUUUCAUCUUUUUAAUAUCUUGUCAUCGGGUUUCAUUUAUUUUAAACCGUGUAUAUCUAAGCCUGGUGCCAAGCUUUCUCAAAGUGCAAUGUUGUAUGUUAAGUUAUUGGUUCGUUUUGAGCACAUGUUUUUGUAAAGAUUUUCAUCUAAUUUAUGACCUAUCAUAUACAUAUUUAUAGAUGACAACCUCAGUUUAGGAAAUGUUUUUAGUUUAUAAUAGACUUACUAAUGCCAGGUGCUAUAAAAAUCUGCUUUACAUGAUAAGCUUUUUCUGUCAAAACAUUUAAUUUUGUUCAGUAAAUGAUUUUACAGGUUAUAGAUUUAGUCUUUGUAACUGACAGUGGCAUUUAAACUUCUUGUUUAAUUGGACUAAUUUAAUUUACUCUGCUUAUGUAUAAAUAAAGUGGAUUCUUUUA